AUGGCGAGAACAUCUAACGUUAUACUCAUAAUCCUCGUGGUCAUCGUGGUGAAGACGUGGGCCAUCCCUGAACCUUUGAAAAUCGUGAAAAAGUUGUACGAGGAUUGCUCCAAAACCGCAGAUCUCAUGAAGUGUUUAAAGAUCAGAUCUAUAAUCAUCGCUGAAAAAGCUUUGAAAAUGAAGAAACUAGAGUUAUUCGAUGGUGUCACCAUAGUGGAACAACCCAACAAUCGAUCAGCGCGUUUCUUCUUCGAAGCUAACAGAAAUUUGAGGAAACUCCAUCAUCCGGAUUUGAACAAAGUGCUCCUAAACAUCGCAGCUGAUUUCAUCUUCUCGAGAUCCAUCAACUUCGAUUUUUCCAAGAUCGCGGAUGAGGCUAGGAGACGGAAAAAGGAUAAGUUGACUGGACCUUUCUUGGCUGCUAUUGCCAUCAAAGGUACCAUCAUGUCUAUGGCUUAUAAGACUAUAGCUGCAAUGGCCGGAACGGCCUUAAUCAUUGGUAAGAUGGCUCUGGCGAUAGCGGCGAUCUUGGGUCUGAAGAAGCUUGUGAGCGGAGGUAAGGAGAAAACCACUUUUGAAAUAGUUAAGCAUCCGACGUACUCGAGCAGCCAUACUCACUCCAGUUCCCUCGAGGAAUCUGAAGGGCAUUACCACAGAUCCUUUGCGACGACGGCCGAGCACAUGCUUUUCCUCGAGCAAAUCGCUGCGCAAAUUUUCUGA